AUGAAUUAUGUGCCCCUAGAGCUUUCGCCCAGCCAGAUGGACCCUGCAGUGAUAUCGUUCUCUCGCCGAACUGACCAUAGGGGUAGGCCGGAACUGUUCCCCGUGUAUCACGGUGGCCCUCCGCAGGUCAUGCCUAUUGCGCCUGCGUACUGUCCGUCAGGUGCUGGGACUAGUUUCUUUCCUUAUGGACCUGUCAGCCCGCCAAUCCCACGUCUGAUGCCACCAAAUGCCAUGAGACCACUGCCGAUGCAGACAUACAAUUCACAGAUGGAGAUGGACAAUGUGCACAGACUGCAAAUGGAGCAAUACCGCUUUCCAGGACAACAUCCAAUCUAUGAGCCACCCGGCCUCGCUCCGCGCCAUGUCUUGCCACUAAACUACGCGUCAGCCCCUAACGCACCUCCAUCGCCGAUGCAGAGCUAUUCGCAAUGCACUUAUCCGACUGGAACUCCUCUUCAGCUCGGAAUUCUGACACCACAGUUCCCAGGACCCGUUGAGGGCCUUUGGAAUCAGAAACAGGUUCACAGAAAAGCAAGCGGCGAGAACAAGGGACGAGCGACACCACACUCCACUCUUCGCCCUGACGCACCCGAGUUUGUCCCCAGACAGAAAAGUGGCAGUCAACUGCUCGGUCUACAUUUUACUUAUCCCCCCGUGUAUUCUCAACCUUAUCCUUUGCUGCCGAAGCAAGGAUCUCGAAACAACACUCCUGGCCACUUUCAUGCCCCUUUGAUUCUGUGA